UUCGAUACCUGAACCAAAACAAGUGCGCCCCAAAUCAUGUAGUACCCGGGAUCCGGCAUCUCCACCUCCGCAACCCCAUCAUCCGUCCUCCCAUCCCUACCGCCACCGGCUACCUAGCGGGCACCUCGUCGCCGAUCUCUUCACGCCAUCGCGCCCAUCGCCUCGCCGCGACUUCUUUAUAUAUUAUAUAUAUAAAAAAUCCAUAGAAGCCCUCGCCGAACCACCGCGAGGUCCACGCCGCGGGCGACGCCGUCCAAACCCGCGCGAUAAGAACCAAGCCAGCCUUGCGUUGCCGCCGUUUCUCCCAUCCACUCCCGCACCAUCGCCGUUUCCCUAUAUAAUACACCACCCAAAUGGUGCCGCUCCGCUUAUACCGCCACCUGAUCCCGCAGCUGGCAGCUGCAGCCAGGUCGCCCUCAGCGCCCAAGGUCGCCGCCGCCUGCUGCGCUCCACGCCCGAUCUCCCCGCCGCCGGCCCUCGCAAUGGCGGCGUACGGCACCGGCGCUUGCGCGGACAGGAGGCUCCUCUUCAGGCAGCUGUUCGAGAAGGAGAGCUCCACCUACACCUACCUCCUCGCCGACGUCGGAGACCCCGAGAAGCCCGCCGUGUUGAUUGACCCUGUUGACAGAACAGUUGAUAGAGAUCUCAACCUUAUCAAGGAAUUAGGCUUGAAACUCAUCUAUGCGAUGAAUACUCAUGUGCAUGCUGAUCACGUCACUGGAACAGGACUAAUAAAAACUAAGCUACCAGGAGCCAAGUCUGUUAUUUCAAAAGCUAGUGGAGCAAAAGCCGACCAUUCUGUUGAGCACGGGGACAAAAUAUACUUUGGGAAGCUUUUCCUUGAGGUGCGAGCUACUCCUGGCCAUACUGCUGGCUGUAUGACUUAUGUAACAGGUGAUAGUGAUGGUCAACCCUCACCAAGGAUGGCUUUCACUGGGGAUGCCUUAAUUAUACGUGCAUGCGGAAGGACAGACUUCCAGGGAGGAAGCUCCGAUCAGCUGUACCAAUCAGUGCAUUCACAGAUUUUCACGUUGCCAAAGGAUACCCUGCUUUAUCCUGCUCAUGACUACAAAGGUUUCACGGUAACUACUGUUGAAGAGGAGGUUACUUAUAAUGCCCGACUAUCAAAAGAUAAGGAAACUUUCAAGACGAUCAUGGAAAAUCUGAACCUGUCUUACCCAAAGAUGAUCGACGUUGCUGUACCCGCCAAUAUGGUUUGCGGUUUCCAGGAUCCACCAUCGAAGGUCUGAGCUUGUUCCAGCUGAAGCAGCUUUGCAAGUGGCUGUUGUGAAAUCAGGAUCGGAUCGAAAGGGCUUGCGGCUGCGUUGUACAUUAAAUAGCUCGUUCGCUGCAACAUUGGGAGGAAAUAAUUAGUCAUUGGCCGAUGCGGCCUCUGGCCCUGUUUGACACUCACUACCGUCUGAUCAUUGAUAUGUCAACUUGAAGAAGGCAGUUUGCGUUUGCU